AUGGUGUGUCUUACCAAGACCACUAACUCUGACUCGGCCACCACCACAUUUGACCCGGCCACCACUAACUCUGACUCGGCCACCACCACAUUUGACCCGGCCACCACUAACUCUGACUCGGCCACCACCACAUUUGACCCGGCCACCACUAACUCUGACUCGGCCACCACCACAUUUGACCCUGCCACCACUAACUCUGACUCGGCCACCACCACAUCUGACCCGGCCACCACUACCUCUGACCUGACUACUACCACCACUAGCCCGGCCCCGGCCACCACCUCCUAUGGUCCGACCAACAGUAUCAGUCAAAUAAGCUCACUGGGUCAUGCCCAUCAUGAAGAUUGCCUCAGCCAUGCUCGAGAGGGCAUCAAUGAUCUGGAGAUGGCUUAUUAG